AUGGGUAUAAUUCUAGGGCAAAAUUACACAAAAUGUGAAAAUAAAGAGCCACCAGACGAGCAGCAAUUGCCUACUUAUAAACUGGUUGUUAUUGGUGAAGGUGGUGUUGGCAAAUCUUCAUUAACCAUUCAGUUUUUCCAGGUUCAUAAUUUUUUAAAAUCCCACAUUUAUGUGGUUAUUCAGAAACAAUUUUUGGAUUAUUAUGACCCGACAAUUGAAGAUCAGUACAUACAGCAUUGUGAAAUUGAUGGCCAAUGGGUUAUUUUAGAUGGUUAG